AAUAUCGCUUUACACAAACCAAAGCCUGCAAGUGGCUAAUGCUACGGCUACACGUCAAACCAUAAACACAUCAUACACAUCAAUCAAAAUACAUAUUUAUGGUCACGUGCCUCUCCGUGACAGACUGUAAGAAGACGUACUAGUGCUUAUCAAAAAAUUAAUGAAACUGAAACCAAAUAUAAAGCUGCUGUCCUUCUAAAACCUUGUAUCUCCAUAUUUCAUGAUUUUUCUUUUUUGUCAUAAAUCAUUAUUAUUAGUCACCCUUUAUGUUCGUCACUGUGUUGGUUUUGCAAAUAUCUAACUAAUAAAAAGAACAGCAUCAACAUGCUGAUCCAGACGCUGCCCCGUCAAAAAGCCCAUGAAUGGAGCCAUGAAACUGAAGCGCUGGUUACAGUUUAUUGGCUUGCCUAUGGAGCGUCUAGAUGAUAACCAUCCUCCACAAAGUAAUACACUUUGCAAAAGCAGAGGAGAUGGAGGAGGUGGGGCUGGCUUUGCUCGCCUUGCUGGCCAUGAGGCAUUCGGCUGUGCUGCUGGUGCCAUCAACAGGUGCCACGUUAGGAUUCUUCCUCCUGCAGAGCCACACAUUUUUUUAUAAAAACAAAGCUUUUUCCUUCCAUCAUUCUGCAGGGCACCUGUGAUGCCGAGGGUGCAUUUAUAGACGUGUACAUUGGCAAUCCAGGAUCUGUACAUGAUGCCCUUGUCCUGCGCAGAUCACCAAUGUACCAGCAGGCUCUGUAUCCACCAGCUGGAGACUUUCUCUCAGGAGAUGGUGGACACCCAUGCCUACAGCAUCCUAUUGCAAUCUUGACCCCAUACCGCCAGCCUGUCGCAAGCCAAGUCGAAGCCCGAUACAACAGGCAUCACGCACAAGCAAGAAACAUCAUCGAGCGCACCUUCGGUGUGUUAAAGACGCGCUGGUAUGCCAUUUUCUUGAGGGCCUUGGAGAUCAGGCCACUGUUCGCCCCAAAGGUGAUUGGGGCCUGUUGCAUCCUCCACAACGUUUGCUUGAUGGUAGGCGAUCUCCUGGCAGAGGAGGAAAGCCAUGGCCAAGAUGGCAGAGAUGAUGACAUGGAGAAUGCAGCAGUGGAUGAGAGGGACCUAUCAGGGAACCGUCUCCGAGGACGUCUUGCCGCUCAGCUUUCUUCUCCCGAGGAACUGCCUGCAUGUCUGUGUGAACACGAGACACGUUCUAGACUAGACAGUAAACCUUUCCAGAUGUUGCCAAUGUUCACAAAAAAAUUAACAUGA